AUGGAAAAGAACACGCAUCAUUCUCCUCUAUUUGAUUUAAAUGAGGAUGCUCCAAUUCAAGAUCAUUCUGGGAAUAGCAUGGAACGACAUGAGGAAAUUGACACUGGUGUGGUUGAGUCACGUCGAUAUAGCAUGGCUCUAAAUUCUAGCUAUAAUGGCUUAAUUGAAGGUGAGCCACUUCCAAAAAGAAAGCGUAAGGAAACAACACAUUGGACAGUAGAUGAACAUAGGUUAUUUUUGAAGGGGCUACACGAAUAUGGUAAAGGUCGUUGGAAAGAUAUUUCAAAAUAUGUUGUAUUGACAAAAACUUCAACGCAAGUUGCUAGUCAUGCUCAAAAAUUCUUUAUCCACCAAAAUGGCACAAAAAGAGCGCAGAGCAAGAGAAAAAGUAUUCACGACACAACUUCAAACAUUAGUAAUAGUGAUAUAGUGGUUGCUCUCCCUAUUUAUCAACAACAAGCUAAUAUUUGUCCAGUUGAACAACAACAUAAGAUUACUCUUCAAGAAACAACCUUAAACAACAAUGACAUAAUAGUCACUCCUCUGGUUGAACAAUCAAAUGAGAUUCCUCCUUUUGAAACAACCUUAAACAACAAAGACAAAUUACUUACUCCUCUGGUUGAACAAUCAAAUGAGAUUCUUCCUUUUGGAACAACCUUAAAUGACAACAAUGACAGUGAUUACUCAAUCCCUUCUCCUACGAAGUCAUAUCAAGAUAUGCAACAAAGAGAAAAACAUCAAAUUCAAACUAUGUGUUUGAUUCAGGCAAUCAAUCUUACGCCUCGGGAUAUGAAGAAUGUUGCUAAGAUGUGCAACUUGUUGGAAAAGAUCUUAAAAAGUUGA